AUGAAACAACCAAGUGACCUCCAUGUGAUAUCAGUCGUUUACGUGAUUGCUGAAGGGGUUGCUAGUAUAAGCGAAGAUUCUUGUGUUGGUAAAUUUUUGGCUACCAUCCUUCUGAACUAUGACGGGGAGGAAAUUCAAGAUUAUGAUGAGGUAGUGGCCUCUCUAUCGGGUAUAGGUUAUUAUUCUGAGAGCCCUUUGAAACUUGAUAUCAAUUUUAAGAAUAGGGAAAGUCUUCCCGCAAAGCUAUCUAUUGUAGAACCACCAAAGCCUGAAUUGAAGGUACUUCCACCUCACCUUUACUAUGUGUUCUUGGGAACCAAUAACACUUUACCCGUGAUUAUUGUGACGAAUUUGCUUGAAAGGCAAGCACAAUCGCUUUUAAGGGUGUUAGAAGCUUCUUGGGUCAUGCGUGCUUUUUAUCGGAGGUUCAUAAAGGAUUUCUCUAAGGUGGCUCAUCCUCUUUGCAAGCUACUUGAAAAGGAAAGUGGCUUCGAGUUUGAUGAAGCUUGUGUCAAUGCAUUUUUCUAUUUAAAAGAGGCUCCUAUCAUUUUUUCUCCUAAUCGGAGCAUUCCAUUUGAGCUAAUGUGUGAUGCAAGCAAUGUAGCUUUGGGGGCUAUACUUGGCCAACACAAGGGAAAUUUAUUUUACCCGAUCUACUAUGCAAGUAAGACCUUAAAUGUAGCUCAAAAGAACUACACCAUCAUUGAGCAAGAUUUGUUAGCCGUGGUGUAUGAUUUUUAG